AAAUCAUAACGUACGUCUAGUUGUUGGGAAUCCAUGGCCGGGAUCGGACGUAUUUGCAAUACUUGUGGGACGAGAAAAAACACAUGUUACUAUAGUUCCGUGCUCAGUGUGUAACUGUUAGAAUUAAUCAUUUCGGAACUGAGAGUCUGGCGGGAGAAUACCGUUGAGGGAAACCCAGUUUGCUGAGCACUUCACAUGCGCGUAACGUUUUUACUCGGGCUCUCGUGCUGGAUGUGCUGAGAGGGGAAAUAGUGCAGGAGUAUACACAGAGAAAACAUUCGCUGAACGACCGUGAAUCGAUUAGGAUAGAAAACACAGUUUGGUGCAUUAUAGGCUAAAUCCUGUUUCGGGAAAAUAUCGUGUGCGUGACUAAUAUCGUGGUGAUACUUGCUUUGAUUCGAACGAAAGAAAAAUUGUCUAGUGGAAAAUUACAUCCUUAAAAAUGCCUUCAGAACCGAAGAUUUUCAAUCCGCAUCCGGAUGUAGCAGCCAAGGCCUACAUUAACAACAUGGAGCAGUAUGGGGAGUUCUAUCGGCAGUCCAUCGAAAAUCCUGGCCAGUUUUGGAGUAAUGUUGCGAAGCAAUUCCACUGGGAAACUCCCUGUGACCCAAAAAAUUUCUUUUCCUUCAACUUUGACAUAUCUAAGGGGCCGAUUUUCGUCAAAUGGAUGGAAGGUGCUUCGACUAACAUUUCCUACAAUUUGUUAGAUCGUAACGUAAAGAAUGGAUUAGGAGACACAGUGGCUUACUACUGGGAAGGUAACCACCCGGAUGACUACAGCCGACUGACCUAUCGCAAAUUGUUGGAGGAGGUUUGCCGCUUCUCCAACGUGCUCAAAUCGCAUGGCGUCCAGAAGGGCGAUCGGGUAUCAAUCUACAUGCCGAUGACAAUGGAGCUUCCGGUAGCGAUGCUGGCCUGUGCUCGAAUUGGUGCCGUCCAUUCUAUUGUGUUUGCAGGUUUCUCGUCUGAUUCACUGGCGGAACGGAUGCACGAUUGUCAAGCUAAGGUACUUAUCACUGCUGACGGUGCCUGGCGUGGCGAAAAGAUUCUGCACCUAAAGGACCUUUGCGAUCAAGCAAUGACAAAAUCGGAAGAGAUGGGACACCGCGUUGAGACGUGCAUCGUCGUAGCACACAUCAAUCGUGUUACCCCUGGAAAAUCGGACUGGGAUGGAGUGUUCGAUACACCCUGGACUGACGACCGCGACUAUUGGUGGCAUCAGGAGAUGGAAGAUGCCGAACCAGCCUGCUAUCCAGAGUGGAUGGCAGCCGAAGAUCCUUUGUUUAUGCUCUACACUAGUGGUUCUACCGGGAAACCCAAGGGGGUAUUGCACACGACAGCUGGUUACCUAUUGUACGCUGCAACCACUUUCAAAAUUGUAUUCGAUUACAAACCUCACGACGUUUACUGGUGUACCGCUGACAUUGGUUGGAUCACCGGUCACACGUAUGUGCUGUAUGGGCCAUUAGCAAACGGCGCCACCUCAGUGAUGUUUGAAGGUACUCCAUUCUUCCCGGAUAACGACCGUUACUGGGAAGUCGUCGACAAGUAUAAGGUUACACAGUUCUAUACGGCCCCUACGGCGAUUCGAUCGUUGAUGAAAUUUGGUAAUGAACCAGUGUUGAAGCACGAUCUGUCUACGUUGAGAGUUCUUGGAAGUGUGGGUGAACCCAUCAAUCCAGAGGCAUGGAUGUGGUAUUACAAAGUUGUCGGGAAGGAAAAGUCCUCUAUUGUGGACACCUUUUGGCAGACGGAAACGGGAGGACAUGUGAUUACACCACUACCAGGCGCGACUCCGAUGAAGCCAGGAUCGGCGUCUUUCCCAUUCUUUGGAGUGAAACCAUCUUUGUUGGAUGAAAGUGGCAAUGAAAUCACAGGUGAAGGGGAAGGUUAUUUGGUCUUUUCACAGCCGUGGCCGGGGAUGAUGCGGUCGUUGUUCAAUGAUCAUCCAAGGUACGAGUCAACUUAUUUCUCCAAGUUCAAUGGAUAUUAUUGCACUGGCGAUGGUGCCCGACGCGAUAGUGAUGGUUACUAUUGGAUAACAGGUCGCGUCGAUGAUAUGUUGAAUGUAUCCGGUCAUUUGAUGUCUACGGCAGAAGUUGAAUCCGUACUUACGGAACAUCCACGUGUAUCGGAAGCAGCGGUUGUGUCCCGGCCACAUCCCGUUAAGGGGGAAUGCCUAUACUGCUUCAUCACACCCAAUCAGAAUGAAAUUUUCGACAAGACGCUUAUCAACGAAUUGAAGGUUCUGGUGCGAGAACGAAUCGGUCCCUUUGCACAGCCUGAUGUAAUUCAGAAUGCUCCCGGUUUACCGAAGACUCGCUCCGGCAAGAUCAUGCGGCGGGUGUUACGUAAAGUAGCAGUUAACGAUAGGGAAAUUGGAGACACCUCUACCCUGGCGGAUGAGGCUAUCAUCGAGCAACUUUUCGCUAACCGGCCGGUAGCUUAGAAUGGUGACUCAAACGAAAGAUCUCAUAAAUCCUUUGCAUUAACUGCUAUUACCUUAACAUGAUCUGCGGCGAGUUAAAAUUAAGCGAUAUCAACCGAUACAGAUAUUAGGCUCUAGAAUAUACUAAGUACGAAACCUGUAGUUGGACCUGGCUCGUGACUGCUGCAUGUAUCGAAAAGACUUUAUCAGAAACUGUUUGAGAAUGGUGCUAAAACGUGCGACGGAAAACUCUACGAAAGAUCAGCGAAAAAUUUAUAUUAUAUAGUUGGUUUAUUUUUGUUGUUAUGGGUAUACAAAACUCAUCUGCCAGAUUUUAGCAUUUGAUCAUUUGUAUGCUACAUGCAUGUAUGCUAUUCAGUGUUGAGUGGAAAUGUGUGGAAAGACAUCACAUUCCUUCAGAAGUGACAUCGAUGGAAAUAUCGAUCGCGGCUUGCCGACAUAGAUGUAUUUGUGCUUCGCAUACUGUAUGUUAUAACUAGUAAGAUUAGAAUUUGUUUUAGUAAAACAACAAUUGUAAGUUUGAGAAUAAUUCGUUUUGAACGAAUCUGUAACUUUGCUGGAUGUACAACGAAUGGAAUGCCAAUGACACAAACUUAAUCUUUUAAGAAACCAAAAUUUUGCACACAUGUUGAUUUCUGUAACGCAAACGCUUUUUAUGUUUUAUACUAGUUACUCAAUAAAAGAAAACACACAACGUUAUUAUUUCUUUAUUUUUCCAAAACUCACACACCACUUUUGAUUAAUACCCCACAUGUUUAACUCCCUUAGUCAUCAAACAAAAACAACACGGUUUCUCUCUGUAGAUUUCAUCGGGACAAUAGCAUCUCAUCCCUGGAAAACAUAUCAUUUCCUUUGCUGGGUGCAACCUGCGGUGAAGGAAACUAGUAGUUGUAAGUAUGAAAACUACUGCAAUACCAAAGAUACCACGCGUUAGCCGAUAACACACAUAUCAAUGGCGUGCCUGAAACAACGUUAUUACAGGUUGAAAUGACGAUGCAAGCCACCAAACUAGAAAAUGACUAUAGAAUAUAUAUCAGAAAUGUUGAUUGUAAACAUAUCAUAUGCUUGAGAUAAAUUUUACCUUAAACAAAAUUAGCCACGGAAUACGAUUUCAAAACUGUUAUUGUUUGAUAGCUUUUAAACCGUUCGUAGAGCACUAAAACAACAUUAUAAGUGACUGUAUACCGUAUAAUAUUAAUAAACGGAAAAUGUAGUAGCAAUACAUUGACUGAUACAA